UGUGUCUGGCAUUCCGAGGCUACUGACAGGAGGUAUGGAGCCUGAGCCGAAAAAGUCAAGAGCUCCGGUUCGUGUAUGGUGCGACGGCUGCUACGACAUGUGCCACUUCGGUCAUUCAAACUCCUUCCGUCAGGCGAAAGCGAUGGGCGACGUUCUUGUGGUCGGUGUCCAUUCUGAUGACGAGGUGUCGAAGCAUAAGGGACCGCCGAUGAUGACUGAUGAAGAGAGAUAUAAGAUGGUGCGGUCUGUCAAGUGGGUGGAUGAGGUUAUUGAAGAUGCACCAUACAUUACCUACGUGUCUACACUGGACAAAUACAAGUGCGAUUUUUGUGUGCACGGAGACGACAUCAGCACGUCGAGUGAUGGAACCGACUCGUAUGCAGAAGUAAAGAAUGCCGAUCGUUUCAAGGAGUGUCGCCGUACGACUGGAAUAUCAACAACCGACAUUGUGGGACGAUUAUUGCUUGCAACGAGACAACGUCGCGGAGGAAAGGAGAGUCCACUUGAAUCAAUGGACACACAAGCUCUAGGAUCAUUCGUUGAAGGAUUUGGAGGCCGAAGUGCUCAGACUGGCGUUUCACACUUCUUGCCAACAACUCAGAAAAUCAUUCAGUUUUCAUCCGGACGAGUUCCAGGGGAAGGCGACAAGAUCAUUUACACUGUAGGAUCAUUUGAUAUAUUUCAUUGUGGGCACGUCGACUUCCUCAAGAAGGCCAAAGAACUAGGAGACUUUGUCAUAGUCGGUGUGAAUACCGACCAGGAUGUCAACUACUACAAGGGAGGUGGGAACUUCCCGAUUAUGACGUUGCAUGAACGUGUACUAAGCGUGUUGGCUUGUAGAUAUGUAGAUGAGGUUGUGAUUGGAGCUCCAUACGAGGUGACUCAAGAACUGAUAGAUCAUUUCAAGAUCACCGUUGUUGCACACGGUAAAACUCCUAUCGUAUUGAAUCAGGAAGGCAAAGAUCCAUUUCAUGUACCAAAGCAACUAGGAAUCUUCCAGGUUAUUGACAGUGGAAACAAGAUGACGUCACAGACAAUUAUUGAUCGGAUUAUUGCACAACGUCUGAUGUACGAAGAAAGAAAUCGUAAGAAGAGCGAACAGCAAAAGAUCCAGAACGCCCUCGCUGAGCUACAGCAACGCAGAGACAGCACCAGUUGACAUUGCAACGCUCGCCUGCAAUGCUUUCUUGCUACACUUAAUACUACAGACUCACUCACUUUUAGAGCUGUCCAUGUGACCGGUGAAGAUCACCGACAUGAAUGACCGU